AUGCUACACACAUACUGUGCUCAACAGGUAGACAUGUCCGCAAAUACAGUAGAUUCUAGUCGCAUUCUGUGUAGAUAUUUUGCUAACGGCUGCUGCGCUCUUGGUGAGCGUUGUUCGUAUUCCCAUGAUAGGAGCAAGCCCGCCGAUAAUGUUUGCCGCUAUUAUUUGAAGGGCAGUUGCUGCUAUGGCACGCGCUGCAGAUACGAUCAUGUUCGACCCAAGAAAGAUGCUACAACUGACAUUACAAGCAGUGCCAGUUGCAAGGAAAACUUGUCCGCAAAAUUGCCGAAACCCGCAAAGCUGCCAGAGCCUGGCCUUAACAUAGACGCAGCCGAGUUCGUGCCAUCUUGGAAGAGAGCGACACCUGGAGCGUCUUAUGCUGUGGCAGCAGGUUCGAUUCAAAGUGAACAGCAGUUGCCGUUGUGUCCAUACUUCGAAAUGGGUGAAUGCAACAACGAACAGUGCCAGUUUGUGCAUGGUCUCGUUUGUGAUAUGUGUUUACGAGCUUGUAUUCAUCCUUACGAUGAGAAGCAGCAGAAGCAGCAUUUCACAGAUUGCUUAAAACAACAUGAAAUGGCAAUGGAACAGGCGUUUGCUGAAGCAAAAGGUGUAGGGAAAUGUUGUGGGAUAUGCAUGGAGAAUAUUAUGGAAAAGUCCCUUCGGUUCGGUAUAUUAGAAGGGUGCCGCCAUUGCUUCUGUUUGGAUUGUAUUCGAGAGUGGAGACGUAAUCAAACAUUCGAAACUGAAGUUGUGCGAUCAUGUCCUGAAUGUCGACAGCAUAGUAACUUUGUGAUUCCAUCUAUUUUGUGGGUUGAGGAGGAAGAGGAGAAGCAGAUUUUGUGUGAGGUCUAUCGCAACAAUAUGGCGCAGAAACAGUGCAAAUACUAUAAGAUUGGGACUUCUGCUGAAGGCUGUCCGUUUGGAAACAAAUGCUUCUACAAACACCAGCUUCCUGAUGGGUCUAUUGAUCCUGGCGAAGCCCCUCACGCGCGUCGAAAGCCACAUCUUGCUGACUUCAUUUUUCAAAGACAUGGAUCUGGAUCAGAUGAUGGCGGAGAAGAAAGUGACGCAGCCAGCCGAGAAACACUUGACUCAUGGUUCGAUUUAGAAAGACUUGAUAUGUUAAGAAUUCGGCUUCGUGCGAUGCUUGCUGAAUAA